UGUUUUGAGCCUGAGUGGAAAAUACUGCGGAGCUGUUCAACAAUUUGUGUGCUUAAAACAAAUCAGGAUUUUUAUGCUUCACGGUGGCAUUUGUCUGAUGUUGUCAUGAUGCCUGGAGAGAAUCAGUCCAACGCUGUACCGAUCGCAGCCGACGCGAUUGUUGGAAAGUGUCAGAAUUGCUCUGUUUUACACCAGAGUCUGACGGAGUACGGCGCGUCGCUUGUGGCUCUGAAACAGAAGAUCACCGUUUCGGAUGAUGCCAUCAGACUUCAACAGCAGCUAGAAGAGCUGCAGAUUCAGUUAAUUAGUUUGCAGACAAAAGCAGCUGAUGAAGAGUUACUGCGAGCAGAACUGGAUAAAAAGAAGAGUCAGGCCUAUGAACAAAUGUCACAACAGAUGGAUAAGUUGAAGCAGGAUCUCAGUAAGACAUCUGCAGAGAAUAAGAGGCUUGAGGACCAGCUAAAUGAUAUAAAAGAACUCACAGAAACACAGGCCCUGGAAAAUGCGCAGCUGAAGAGGGAAAAGGCGAUGAUAGAAAACAACUUGCUGAAAACGCAGGCUUCUUUGAAAAUCUCUCAGGCACAAGCAGAUCAAGUUGAAAAACUGAUAGAGGAGAACACCAAGAAAACAAGCUUAAAAAACAGCCUUGAACAUAAAGUUAAGCUUCUUGAUGGUCAAAUAUCCCAUUUAAUGAAGGAGAAGAGCCAACUGGAGAGAAACGUUGAUGACCUUCAGGUACAACUAACGAAACUGGAGAGAGAACAGAAUAAAGAACGUCGAAGUUUAGCAACUCAAGCAAGUGCACCCGAGGAGCCAAAAGUGGACAAAGAAAAGAUCAGGACGUUACUCGAAACCUUGUGGGCUUGUGUUCAACCUGAAAAGCAGCAAGCAGCAAUCCUGCUGCACCUCCCUGUCACCAGUUCCAAGAAAGUUCUAACAACCUCUCCAGCCAUCAGUUCGGACUCUGGUCUGACUGAGUCGAGCCCGUCGCAGUCUCCCACUAACAGGACGCUUGAAUCCAUGCGUCAUCCCACACAAACAAAACUGUCUUUUUCAAAGUUAAAAACUUCUUCACAUGGGGAGAAAGGCACCAAGCACCAAACAUCUCAUGUGUGCCCCAGUGGUGAGAGGCAAACAUUCACUCCCAAAAAGGACAAGCAGUCAUCCAAAGAACAGGAAAACGAGAACUCGUCCACUCCCUUAGAUAAUCCUGAAUUAUCCACUGAGGAAAAAUCCACUCCCUCAGCUAGUCCAGAAUUAUCCAUCGAGGAAAUAUUGGAAUUAUAUAAACCGUUGCCUCCCUGUCUAUCCCCUUUACGAGUCUUGGUGAAAACUGUGGAAUCCAUGGAGACUGAGAGCAUAGAUGGUGAAAACCACCCAAAAGCAUCUCACAGUCUUCUUCCUUUUCAACAACAGGAGUCAUUACUCACCACAUCAUCAGCAUCCAGUCAUCCAAAAUCCAUUGAACACACAAAAGAGGACUGUGCAGACUUGCCAGAAAUUGCAUCAGGAGAGGUGGAACAACUUUCAAAUGGAAAACAAUCCCAACAUUUGGGAACUAUUAACUUGAGUGGCAUUACUGAGAUGGAGUACAAAAGACACAGAAUUGAUGAAGAAACUCAUCUUCAAAAAAAGCAGAAGAUUGAACAGGAGCCAGCAGUUCCACAGUUAACACCAACAGUGUCGUCUUCUGCAUCAGACAUAACGGGUCUGUGUGAAAAAACCUCAACAACUGCUGAGAGCCAAGAACCGACCCCCAGUGCAAGUCCAAAUAGUGGUGUCAACAGCACGUCUGAAACGCCACAUGACACAGAAAGUCCAACAAGAGUAUCAUCAGAACUUCCUCAGAGAGAGACGGGUGAGGAUUUGACAGCGAGUAUUGAAAUGGAUGCUGUGGCAUGUCCUGGUGAUGACAGUGAUGUUACAUUAAUACCUCCUGAUGGUAGAGAAUCACUAAGAGAAAAUAAUUCUGCAGUUGUCUCUGAAGAAGCAUCGGCUGUACCGCCGGAUAAUUCCAGUACUCCUGACUCAAAAAUCAAUGACUCUUUGCAAAAUGGCAAAGGUACGUGUACUGAAAGUGGUCCAGAAAUGGGGAUAACACAUCAGGAACCUUGUGAUUUGGGACUGGAGAAUCAAGACACCACAUUGUUCAAAUCCCAGGAGGAGAUUGCAAGUUGUUUGAACGUGCAACAAGGGAGCCCCUGUUUGUCAAAGGAAGCUGUGAGCAGCAGCAUCCCUGUUGCGUCCACUGAAAAUGGCACAUCCAUUCAACUUGAUCAGAAGGCAAAUUUGAUUGAACCACAAGAAACCGCCACAGAAAAUAAAACGGCUUUGCCCUCAGAAUGCAGCCUUGAUGCAAGUCAUCCUGGAUCUGUAUCCCCUUGUAAGCCUUCACUGUUGAAGAAGGCAGAUGAAGAUCACCAGAAAUCUGUGAGGGCAAGCGAUGAGCCUCCCUCAACAAGCCACAAUCACAUAGAGACAGUGAACAGUGAAAGCAUAACCGAUCAUCGUGGUCCUCCUCCUUCUGAUUCCCAAGAGACAGAGACGUUAGACUGUGAAUCUGUGAAGGAAAAUACGCAUUCUCAGAGUCUGUUACCGCCUGUGACGCUUCCAUCUUUAAAAACACAGGAGCAAUCAGAUCAUGUGAGCAAAGACGUCAGCAGUGAAAAUAUGGCAACACAUGAACAAACUGAGCAGCCUGAGCCUGAUUUAAUGGAGCACAGUGAUGUGGAAAAAACAAAUAACGGUCAAUCACCACAGGACAGAAUGGAUUCAGAUGACUCUGGGAAGCUCAUGAAGGCAGGAAAAUUGUGUGUUACAUCCAGCGUUAGUCAGGAUAACGCUUUUAAUGGGCAAAAUAAAUCUUUAGAUACAUGUCAAGAAUGUUCUGAAAAGCAAAGCUUUGCAGUCAUGACAAGUGAUGCCUCCCUAGGAAGCCCAGCAACACAUUUGUCUCCCGAAAGUAGAGCUCAGCCACCAGAGUCCAUUAGUCACCUCCGGUCUAAAAUGGGCCCACCACUUCCACCUGCCCUGACCCCCCUAAAGGCAACACCUCCAAAAGGUGUGAAGCCAAUCAAUCCAAUGCAGGCAGUUGAGAAAAUCUCUUUUCCAUCGCCCAUGAAGACAUUGGCUUCUCCUACUUCUGUUCAGUCUCCUGUAACAUCCAACAGGCAAAAGCUGAAUUCCUCAUCUGUUAGUAGUCCAGUCUCACCAAACGGAGUCCCUUCAUCUCCACUUCAGUUUGGCUCUGCCACUCCCAAACACGCUGUGCCCGUUCCAGGCCGCCUGCCCUUAACAGCUGGUAAUUCUGCCUCUUGUUCUUCAUCCAGUCCAUCUCAGGAGAAUUCCAUGAGGAUUCUGGACACCAUGUACCCAGAGCUCUCCGCCCGCGCAAGAACUCUGAGCAUUCUCAGAGGAAACGUCAGUCUCAACAUGUGUUCAUCAGAGAGCGGAACAUCACCCACAACAAGUGACACUCAGGUGUCUGGCUUUAAAACAGUCAGUUCCACUUCAACAGCUUUCAUGAAGACGGAGAUGAGAUGUGAGAAAAGGCCUGCUACCAACUUGCCCCAACCAAAAAACAGCAAACGUCUCAGGCUUGAAAGCUGCUUCCCAAACCUCACCCCGAGAUCGAUGUCUUCCUCCUCCUCCAACAGUGGAGAGGACAGUGCCUCACCUCGGACUUCCAGACCUGCGCACCUUGAAAAUGAGAUUUCCCCUCAAUUAGUGGAAGAUGGAAAGCCCACAGGGCAAACGCUAAUAGAUGAUGCCUUGACUAAAAUUGGAAACUCGUGUUUUGACCUGUUGCCUGUGAUCAGGAGCCACCUGCAUGUUGGUAACCUGCCCAAAAAGCCUGUCCUGAGACAAGAAGAGAAGGAGGUCAUCUCAGAUAUCUUUCAAGCCAACUUGGUUAAUGCAGACGAUAUGAUUUCAGCCAUCUCGAAAAAACUGAAAUCCGAGAAAAGGGUUCUCAGCAAUUAUCACCUACAGGCCUUAUGUCGUGUCUAUACCGGGAUCUGUCGACAGAAGAGAGAUUGGGAGAAGGCCCAUAUUCUCGCCUACAUGAUUCUGACUGAUUUUCCUGAUUCUGCCAAGUUGAUUUUAUUUAUGGUAUCAUCUUGGCCCAGUGUUCUGUCACACAGCAGCUGUCUCUGUCAGGCCAUACAUGCUGUCACCAGACUGAAAGCUGCAGAAGACGUCCUCAGUUGCCUCUCAGCAUACCUUGGCUGGGAGAAGAGUCCUCCUCGUGACAUUGACCAGCUGAUCUACCAAACACUGUCUGAGAUCCGGUCUGGGUCAAGGUUGGCGUUCACAAAACGCAGCCGCUAUGGAGACGACCUGGGGGAUGAGGCCUGGGAGCGUGUCUUUGCACUUGAACUCCUUUGUUCACACAAGAAGUGGAAGUGGACUUUUGAAAACCUCCUGGGCAAAGAGUUGUGGCCUUUGAUGAACACUUGGGUCACGCAGCCCCGAGACCAACAAGCCCCAAUUUCUGACGUAACUGUUGCGACUGUCCUCCGACUCAUUGGACGUCUUGGUGUUAUUGGAAUAAAAGAGAGGUGCAUUCCCACUGUGAUAACUGUUGCUAAUGUCAUCAACACUUUUGGUCGUCAUGGACAUACUGAAGGUGUGCCGUGGGAGGUGCAGUUAGCAGCCGUCUACUGCAUUUUUGACCUGUCACCUUCAAACCCAAAACAGGCCAUGGAGGCCCUUGCAGGGUGGCGAGGAGAAACGUCCUGCAUUGUUCCCCCUGCUGUAACAAGCUGCCUUAACCAAUUAGCGUCUGUCUGUAGACAAGUGAAGUGAAACCUGACUAUGCAUAUUUUGCUUUUUGUUAAAUCACAGAAUAAAUACCAAUGCCUCAAAAUACCUCAGAGAUGAAACGUUUUUAAGUUAUGUUUAGUUGUCAUAGUUCAGCGGUUCAGUCACCUCUUUAAAUGUAUUAAAUUGUUUAUAGUGAGGGUUGAGGGAUUUCGUAGUUGUUCAACUGAGCUUUAGGAUCAUAAAAGUGGUUUAAAAACACUUUUUAUGUAUUUCUGUCUGAAAUGAACAUAUGUAAUUAUGUGUCGAUUCUGAUAUUGUAACAGAUAUUUCCAGCAUGUUUUAUUCUUAUAAAUGUAUAAACUCUCUUCUCAAACUUUUAAUUAAUUUGCUGUGUCCAUCUCAAAUCAUAUAACAGAUGUAGCUGCAAUAACAUCUUGCCCUUUUUCCUGUACUUGGGUAGUUACUCUAAAAAUAUUGUAAAACUUGUACAUGAUUUAAUUAUGGUGCUACAGUUUUUCAUUCAUGCUUGUAAAUACAAGGUUUCAACAUUUGUAUAGAUGGAAAAAUAAGGUAUUUAAUAAAUGCCUUGUACAGUUUAUUUCAGAUGUUAUUUAAUUUUUGACAUUAAAAUUUAAACAUUUAAUA